AUGCCAAGAGCAUCAAUUACCUAUAGCUUUGAGCACAGUCUCACCGGGGAUGCGAGGGCGUUCAUUCACGCAGUGGCGAAAAUUCUAGAAGGCACCCGUGGGAUUCGAUUGGAGGAAUGCAGCAUUGAAGACAGGAAUCCAAGCCAGACCCUCCUGUACCUGACCCAAGAAUCUCAUAUCAGCCCCCCAGGCCCCGGUUGCUCAAUAGUGACCAAUAUCGAUGCUUUUAUCACCCAUCUCAGCAAUGAACUCGACGCCGGUGGCAGUCCUGCAGACGCAUCUACGCUACGAUAUGUACUCGACCUGUGUUACACGGAGACAGAGCGCGGUGGUUUGGGAUUCUCUGAGGCAGGUUGCAUCGACUGGUCGCUCAGUCAGAUGCAACUUCAGCACCUGCAGGAUCUCCUUGAGGCAUGGUUGGAGUCUCUGAACUCCGCCGAAUCAGGCAGAUGUCUGCCCGCACCGCUGUCCGUUAAGGCUUCUGCCACGAGGCCCAUGACGUUGGCGGAGAAGAUUCUUGCGCAUCAUGCAUUUUCGCUGCCAUCUGCACAUGGUCUUAAAAGUGGUGACUUUGUUCGAACCUCGGUCGACUGGAUUGUUGCCAGUGAGCUAUCUUGGGUGGUAGGUCAUUUUAUCAUCCCCCUCUCAGUUGAUGAAGACUUCCAGAGUGAAGAUUGCGCAUCUUAG